AUGUAUAAUGUUUGUAUGAACUUUUUAUCCUUGCUGAAGAGUUACAUAUAUAGAGUAUAUAUUCUAGCAUUAUAUGUUAUUAGGAGAAAAGGAAACUUUAAACCAUUAUUAUUUAACAUCUAAUGUCCAAUGAUGAAAAAAUUACCAUGCCGGAUAAUUAUGAUAAUUAUUUAUUAAAAAAAAAAAAAGAAAAGAAAAAAAAAAACCAGCAUUUAAUAUAAUGUUUACUACACGGAUUACUAAGUUUUUUUAGAACAGAACCGCAAUAUUCAUGUUAGUUAUAAGGCAUUAUGGGUCACGUAAUACACGAUAAGGUUGCUCAAGGUGAGACUUGUCGUUCACCAAUGUGUCUUAUUCGUAACGCUUAAAGAAGCAAUCUUCAUAUAAUAAAACUCAUGCUAUCGAAAAUACUUUUUCAUUAUUUAUUUUAUAAUAAUUUUCAAUCGUACCAUAUUAUUUUGAAAUUUUCCUAUGAUUAGUAUAAUCAAAAAUAAAAUUAAAAUAUAUAAAAUCAUUAUUAAUUUAUAUAUAUUUAUUAUUCGUAUAGAAUAAGAUGAAUUUGUGAAUUGUAUUAUCGUAAAAGUAUUAUAUCAGAGAAUAAAUUUCUGAAUGUUAUUUUGAAUCUGAUCUUUAAAAAGUAAAAGUGUAUAUACAUAGCUAUAGUAUAGCCAUCUGCAUGGUUGUUCCAAUGUGUUACAAAGCGACUAACAUAACCUUAAUUUAUCACUAUAUUAUUGCAUCGAAAAAAGUUUACGAUAUUUCCUUAAUAACUUUUUUUAUAAGAUGGUUGUGUGUAAUCGUGAAUGUAUAGAUAAAAUUAUAAAAUAUCUAGAUGUUUCUCCAGACAAGUUAUGCUCCUGUGAAGAUAAUGUAGUAAGUAUUGGUCAUCUACAUGCAGACGAAUCCGUUAUGUAUUUUACUACUUUUAUACAAGCUUUGGUGAAGAAUUCGAGAUAUCCUAACAUACUUGGUGAUGAUAAAGAGACACAGGCUUUGACGCGUCAAUGGUUAGAAUAUAUAAUAAAUUGUGUUAAUUAUGCAGAUACUCCUGCUCAUGCAAAAAGAGUUUUAAAGGAAUUAAAUGCAGCAUUGAGUGAUCAUACUUAUUUAAGUGGUACAAAGCAAACCAUUGCAGAUAUUGUACUUUAUUAUACCUUAUAUAAAAUAAUGAGUGAAUUAAGUCACCAAGAGAAGGCACAAUAUGUCCAUGUAUCUAGAUGGUUUGACAAUGUACAACAAGAUAAAAAAGUGAGGCAGACAUUGGAUUCAAUCUCAUUCAAUUUGAUGCAUCUAUUCUUAUGAAGUAAAUAAGUUAUUUUGUAUACUAUUAUUAUAUACAGUUGAUAUUCAUGAAAAAAUAUAUAAUACAAACGAGGAAA